AUGACGUACUUCAUUAACAAUGAAUGUGUUGAUCCCCUGGUAUCUUCGCUCUAUGACUCCUUCUUGGCCUCUUCCAGAUAUAACUUUUUGUACUCGGCCAACUUUGCCAAAUUGUAUGGAAGCAGUGGCUGGUCCCCGUCCCCCCGGGACAGACAGCCCUGGCUGCAGAUUGAUCUGAAGAGGAAGUACCGCAUCCAGGCCAUCGCCACCCAGGGCACCUUCAAUUCCUAUGACUGGGUCACCAAGUACACCCUUCUCUAUGGUGACCGCCCCGACUCCUGGACGCCUUACGUUAUGAAAGGAGGGAACUCGACGAUGCCUGGGAACUGGAACUACCACCAGGUGAAGAGGAAUGUUUUCCACUAUGCCUUCACAGCCAAACACAUCCGCCUCCUGCCCCUGGGGUGGAACACAGAGAAUGGAGGCAAGAUUGGCGUCAGGCUGGAGGUGUUUGGCUGUGCUUACGACUCCUACGUGAUGCAGAUGAACGGGGACGACUCGGUGGCCUAYAUGUUCCCAGGGAAGAGGUUCCGGACCCUGCAGGACCAUUUUGCCGUGAACUUUAAGACCCUGGAGCAGGACGGGCUGCUGCUACACAGUGAGGGAGUCCAGGGAGACAUCUUGACCCUGGAGCUGAGGAAAGGACGCCUCGUCCUCACCAUCGGCCUAGGAAGCAGUAUGGUCAACCAGGUGGACGGUCGGACCACAAUGACCGUUGGCAACAUACUAGAUGACCAGCACUGGCAUUACGUCACCAUCAAGCGCUACGGUCGACAGGUCAACUUCACAGUGGACGCCCACACUGAGACGGCCAUUAGCAAAGGAGAUUUCACCUAYAUAGACCUGGACACUCAGAUGUWUGUGGGCGGAGUGAUUGAGCCCAAUGUGCCCCACCUCCCAGAGGUUCCUAACUUCCGUGGCUGCCUGGAGAACGUCUUCAUCAACGGGAUCAACGUCAUCAACAUGGCCCAGGACCAGGAGCCUGAGAUACGCAUCCCUCGGCAGAAGAAGAUGCACUACGCGUGCCGUGACAUCCUGUGGAAACCUGUGACCUUCGCCGGGCCCAACAACUACCUGCAGGUGCCUGGGUUCUUCAGGAAGCCUCGGAUGUUUGUCAAGUUUAAGUUCCGUUCCUGGGACUACACAGGCCUGCUGAUGUUUACACGCUUCGCUGACGACCUGGGAGCCUUGGAGCUGGGCCURAGUGARGGACAGGUCAAUGUCACACUCUUUCAGCCAGGCAAGAAGAAACUACAGUUCGCAGCAGGUUACCGUUUGAAUGAYGGUUUCUGGCACACGGUAGACGUAGCAGCCAGGGACAACCUACUGUCCAUCACCAUAGAUGAGGAGGAGGGCUCUCCGCUGAAAAUCACCAACCCCUUCACUGUCCGCACAGGGGACCGCUACUUCUUUGGAGGGUGUCCGAAGACGAACAACACGAUCAGGAAGUGUGAGACCAAGCUGAACCACUUCCACGGCUGCAUGCAGCAGAUCUUUAUCGACAACGAGCCGGUGGACAUCGACAUCAUCCUGCAGCGACGCUGGGGACGCUACGCUGAACUGUUGUUGGGCACCUGUGGUAUCACCGACAGAUGUACUCCAAACCCCUGUGAACACGAGGGCAGAUGCAUCCAGUCCUGGGAUGACUUCAUAUGUCUGUGUGAGAACACAGGCUACAAAGGGGAGGUGUGCCAUAUGUCGGUCUACAAAGAGUCGUGUGAGGCCUACAGACUUACUGGCAAAUCCUGGUCAGGGAAUUAUACCAUAGACCCGGACCUGAGCGGACCCUUGAAACCAUUCGAGGUGUACUGCACGAUGAAAUCCGACAAGGCAUGGACGAUAGUGAUGCAUGACCGUAUCGACGGCAUCAAGGUGACCGGUAGCACGGUGGACCGUCCUUACAUAGGAAACGUCAACUACUGGAAUGCCUCCUGGGACGAUGUCACAGCACUGGCCAACACCUCCAUGUACUGUGAACAGUGGAUCGACUACUCCUGCUACAAGUCACGCAUCCUCAACACGGCCAAUGGGAGACCGUACAGUUUCUGGAUUGGUCGAAAUAACGAGAGUCACGAGUACUGGGGCGGGGCUUUCCCUGAGAGUGGGAAGUGUGGCUGUGCUAUAAACCAGACCUGCACUGACGCCAGGUUUCACUGUAACUGUGACGCUGACUACCGCCAAUGGUACUCAGACAAGGGCUAUCUGAUGUGGAAGGACCACCUCCCAGUGAGGAAGGUGGUGGUGGGGGACACCAACAGGACCGGGUCGAAGGCCCACAUCAGCCUUGGGCCCCUACGUUGCCACGGCGACAGGAGCAUCUGGAAUACCAUAUCGUUCACCAAGCCCACCUACAUCGAGUUCCCCACCUUCAAGCCAGGCAGCACCGUGGACAUCUCCUUCCACUUUAAAACCUACCGCCCCCACGGAGUGUUCCUGGAGAACUCAGAUGACUGGCUCCGUAACUUCAUACGCAUUGAGCUCAACACCACCCAGAACCUGAUCUUCAUAUUCAUGGUGGGAGACGGCAUCCUCAACGUGACGCUACGCUCGCCGGUGCCUCUAAACGACAACGAGUGGCACUUUGUCCAGGCAGAGCUCAACGUGAAGUUGGCCAGGAUCAAAGUGGACUACCAGCCAUGGGCUGUGAGACGCUUCCCUGGCCAGACCUUUGUCACCAUGGAGUUCACCCACCCUCUCCUCGUGGGCGCAGCCAAUCGCACGCUGUGGCCAUUCCUGGGCUGCCUCCGAGGGUUACGAAUGAACGGUGUGACCCUUGACUUGGAAGGCAAAGCGAAUGAGGAACAGGGUAUACGGCGGAACUGUACGGGCCAGUGUCUGAACGCGACCAUACCGUGUCGAAACGCCGCCCAGUGUAUCGAGGGCUACGCAGCCUACACCUGUGACUGCGGCAACACUGCCUUCGACGGAUUCUACUGCCACAAAGACAUUGGGGCCUACUUUGAGAUAGGCUCGUGGUUACGCUACAACAUCAGAAAGAAGCCUACAACCAAUGAGGAGUGGUGGGCUAACUGGCUGGACCCCCACUACCACAACUUCAGCCUGGGCUACAACGACACCAGUGAUGAGAUCGAGUUCAGCUUCAGUACCUUCCAGACGCCGGCUGUACUGCUCUACAUCAGCUCUUUCGUCCAGGACUACAUGGCUGUCAUCCUGAAGAAAGAUGGAACCUUAGACAUGAGGUAUAGGUUGGGGUUGAUUACCCACAAGUACCAGUUGUCCUUCAGGAACCUGGCAGAUGGAUACCCCCACUACGUCAACAUAACCAGACACAACAGGACCAUCAAGACACAGGUGGACUACAUGGAGCCGAUAGUGGAGAAGAUCACCCUAGUGGAGGACGGCAGGUUUGACUCACCCAAGAACAUCUUCCUGGGGAGAGUGAUGGAGGUGGGUGACAUUGACUAUGAGAUCCAGAGGCAUAACAGUCCUGGUCUGGUGGGCUGUAUAUCUGGGGUGAGGUACAACAUCUACGCCCCUCUUAAGACCCUCUUCCGGCCGAACGAGACGGAACCGCCGGUCACCGUGCAGGGCUUCGUCUCCGAGUCUAACUGUGGGGCCUUCCCUCCUGUCCAUGGAUAUGUCCCCUGGGAGGCGGACCACUGGUUCACUUCUAUAGAAUACAUCUAUAUCCACGAUGACCUAGGCCUGUUUUGGUUGACAGUUGUUGUCAUCGCGGCCGUGAUAUUGCUGUUCAUAGGUCUGUACAGCAUCUACAUCUAUCUGUACCGGUACAAGGGCAGCUACCACACCAACGAGCCCAAGAACUUCCUGGAGUCCCCUGGAGGCAGCAGCUCCAGGCCCCUGACAGGGACCCUGGAGAAGAAGCGAUUUCCAGRGAUAGAGGAAGACUUUCGGAGUGACUAGCCUCAGGCUGGGGAACGGUGGGAGGGAGGGAUUGAAGUGGGGAGGUUUUGGGGCUUACAACAACCACAAUACCUGUUUAUGUUUAAUAAUUCCUUUAACUUUUUGAUUUACUUUUCGGUUUUGUUUUCCUUUCCCCAGGUAUGUGUUAUCUUAAGCCUGGUCCUCGACAUAGUGUUGUUUUUCUGAUGGGUUCAUCGUUUUGCAGGCUUCGGAGAUCAAAUCAAGCCCGUAUUGMGUGAGUGACGACCGACCAAGCUCACACUGUAUUGAAGGGUUGACCAACUGAAGUGCCUCGACAGAGCAAAACGAGAUCAGAAGUAACCCCAUGAGUUCAUUCAGGAUGUGAGACAUAAACUGAGGGAAUUAGAUUUCAGGUCACGUUGAAUUGUGACAUUUUUACAUCUUACUAAUAUCCUCACAUGCAGUAACACGUAUUCAGCAGCCUCUUCUGGUUUGUAGGUCUGUUAUUGAGAUCACUUGAUAGAUCAGUGCCAUCUACUGUGCAACUCUUUCCGACAAUCCACUCUUGCAGCCAUUUUGAUAAAGACAUCCAAACUAUC